GUCCAGAAGCAGCAUCCUCUAGCGUUGCCUGCAACUCUGCUCAUGAUGGUGCAAACUGGCAACUUGCCAACGAGGAAGCCGAGGAAGCCCUCGCCCGUGGCUGGGAAAGCUUGCGUGCAGAUGAGCCCUUGCAGGCCAUUGGCCACUUCACCGAGGCCAUCAAGAUUCUCCCCAUAAGCGCCGAGGCGUACAACAGCCGUGGUAUUGCGAAGGAGUUGAUGCAGAUGCGUGGAGCACAGGACGACUACCAGACAGAUUACCAGACAGCUGACCAGCUAGCAGCGGACCAGGAAACGAAGGAGAGGCUGUGGAUGUGGCGAAAGUGGAAGCCAGUUGGCUGGCAGGUAAGACGGGAGGUUGAAGCUAAGACGCUGGCCAGCGAGGCCGAUUUCCUCAUUUCGUUUGCCACCUGCGAUGCAGAAGCCAAUAAUGCAACGCUGAGGAUGCUGCAGGAGGGAGUUGAAUUUGCUGGGGAAGUGCAUCCCAUGACUUUUUGCACAGACAAGUCACUCAAUCUUGCCCAUUUUGUCAAGCAGGGGCCCGUCACCACGGCCAAACGAAAGCCCGGGGAGCUGCCGCCGUGGUUCCUGCACUACAAGACGGCCGCCGAGGCCACGAAGCAUGGGAUCCUCAUCGUGAACCUCACACGGUCCUACUUCAACUCCGUGGCUUGCAUGUGGGAGUUUGGCUACUUGCGGCGCCCAGAGCUUGUACACGUGUUUGUGCCCGGCAUGCCAGGGCAUUCGCCAAGAAUUGCAAGAUGGGAGGAGCUGGCACGAGAUGCCGGGCUGUGCAUGCGGGCCUUCAGAAUCCAAGGCCCUGAUGGGCACCAGCAGCUGAUGAAUUCAUUGGAAGAUCCGCGGCUUGUGGACCCUCGUCAUGCGGAGUCUGUGCUGACAAGGAUCGAAGAGUUGCAAAAGCUCGACAACAAAGAGCUGCGAAAACAGGAAGCGUGGUGUAUGUUGCCCCUUGCACAGCUCAGUCAUGCGCUGGCGGUCUCUUACUUUGGAGAGAUGUCUAUUCAAGCCAUGGUUCAGCAAGAUCAGUUGGUCUGUCUUUGCCUCAGAACCGGCCAGGCCUUGGAGGCACGCGAGCUGGGUGAGCGGCUGUGUAAGUCAAUAGAGCAGGCGCACGGCCCAGAGCACGCAAACGUUGCCAGGACUCUGAACAAUUUGGCCAAUGCCUGCGGAGAUCUUGGAGAUCAUCGAGAAAUGAAACGGACUCUGAACGAUUUGGCCAAUGCCUGCGGAGCUCUUGGAGAUCUUCGAGAACAAAAGCGGCUCGUAGAGAAUGCCUUGGUGAUAGUGGAGCGGGAGUUUGGCACGGAGCACGCAGAAGUUGCCUGGACUCUGAACAAUUUGGCCAUUGCCUGUGGAGCUCUUGGAGAUCUUCAGGAAAUGAAGCGGCUCCUGGAGAAAUCCUUGGUGAUACUGGAGCGGGAGUUUGGCACGGAGCACGCAGAAGUUGCCAAGACUCUCACCAAUUUGGCCGAUGCCUGCGGAGCUCUUGGAGAUCAUCAGCAGAAGAAGCGGCUUCUUGAGAGGGCUUUGCGAAUUUUUGCAUCGACCGUCGGGCCAGAUCAUCCGCAUGCUCAAACGGUGUUGGCAAAGGUAAUUUGGUCUCAGAUCACCGGAG